UGCCACGUGACCUGGAUGCCCGGUGUCGGCGCAGACGCGGCGGCCGCGUCGUCCGCUCCGCGUCCCUUUCCGUGCACCGGAGCUGCCGCCCCGCGGUCCUGCGGCUGUUCCUCCCGCCGCUGCGGGCCGCGGGGCCGAGGCCAUGUCCCGAAAGCAGGCGGCCAAGAGCCGGCCGGGCAGCGGCAGCCGGAAAGCCGAGGCCGAGCGCAAGCGGGACGAGCGGGCGGCGCGCCGGGCCCUGGCCAAGGAGCGGCGGAACCGGCCGGAGUCCGGCGGCGGCGAGGAGGAGUUCGUGAGCUUCGCCAACCAGCUGCAGGCCCUGGGGCUGAAGCUGCGGGAGGUGCCGGGGGACGGUAAUUGCCUGUUCAGAGCUCUUGGUGAUCAGUUGGAGGGACACUCACGAAAUCAUCUCCAGCACCGACAAGAGACCGUAGACUACAUGAUCAAGCAGCGGGAAGAUUUUGAACCCUUUGUAGAAGAUGACAUUCCCUUUGAGAAGCAUGUGGCCAGUUUGGCAAAGCCUGGUACAUUUGCUGGCAAUGAUGCAAUUGUAGCCUUUGCAAGAAAUCAUCAGUUGAAUGUGGUGAUUCAUCAACUUAAUGCCCCUUUGUGGCAGAUUCGCGGUACAGAUAAAAGCAGCGUGCGGGAGUUACACAUCGCAUAUCGAUACGGCGAACACUAUGACAGCGUUCGGAGGAUCAAUGACAACUCGGAAGCUCCUGCUCAUCUCCAGACUGAUUUUCAGAUGCUUCAUCAAGAUGAAUCAAAUAAAAGAGAAAAGGUCAAGACAAAGGGAGUCGACUUUGAAGAUGACCUGCGAGAUGAGGUGGAAGAUGCAGUUCAGAAAGUUUGCAAUGCGACUGGCUGUUCAGAUUUUAAUUUGAUAGUCCAGAACCUGGAAGCUGAAAAUUAUAAUAUUGAAUCUGCAAUAAUUGCCAUGCUUCAGAUGAACCAGGGGAAAAGAAAUAGUCACAAACAAGCAGCGCCGAGAGCAGCAGCGCCUAGAGAAGAAGAAGCGGCAGGAGGAGCGGCACCGGCUGAAAGCCCUGGAGAGCAGGAGCAGCCACAGGGACAGGAGCGAAGCGGAGGCCAGCGAGCAGGUCACCUUGGUGAAGACCUUCGCUGCUCUCAACAUCUGACACCACUGCCUGCGGGAGUCGUAAGAAGCGAGUGGAAGUGGUGUGCUGUGCCCCGGCUUCCCAGGAGGCGGGCCUUAGGACCAUGCACAGAACCCACCCAGGGGCGCACCCUCGGAGUUAGUGUCUUCAGGCCGCCUCUUUUUCUGUCAACGUUUUGUUAGUGAUGUGUUUUAUUUUAUGAAAGUUCAGUGAAGCCACUCAUGUUCUGUGAUUAAAAGGUUGAGUUUUAGGGUGGAGAGUAGAUCAGGGAAAACCUUUUAGGUAUGGUUUGAUUUGUCCUGAAAACAAAAGAGUUCUGUGACCCUGGGAUCUUCCCUUAACCUUUGGGGUGAGUUUUACUGAAAUUGUUCAUGAAGUGGUUUAGAUUAAUUGUUAGAAAUGCAGAAUGACAAGUUUCCUUUGAUUCUCUUUCAUUUUCAAACAGAUAUGUUAAUAUACAGGAUAGUUUGUAAAUGAUCUGCGACUCAGGAACGUGUUUAGGUUUAUUUUUCUUUUAAUCCAAGGUAAUCAGAAAAUAUUUCAGGAAGUGUUCUCCCAAAGUGAUGUGAGGGAGGGUGUGGCCUGCAGUCCAGCGGGGAGUAAACUGCCUCCCUCCUUCCCGACCUGAUGUCAUUUCAGACGGGACGCAGGUGCUGCUAGUUCCUUUACACUCAAGCCAUACGAUACAUGCGCCUGACUGUUAAUUAAGCCUGGGCUUUGCUGCAAAAUCGAUAGUGUUGUUGAGCUUUUGGACUUGUUUUUGGAAGAUGGGAAGAUAAUACAGUUGUGGGAUUCUGACAGUAUGGAGAGUUGUAAAGGGAGAAAUUGAGGGGCCCUUGAGUGUUUGCCUGGGAAGAGUCUAAAGAGUUAUUUGACUUGUAGGAGAGAAUGCUGGAAGAAUAUCUAAGGUUUUUCACCUUCACAUUGUAAAUAACUGUUUCCUUCCCCACUUUUCUAGACUUAGCUGCCUUCAGAAAAAUAAAAGGUAACUUGGCCUGUUGCUAAGUUUUUUAGUUUUGUGAAAA